GACCAAUCGUAGCGGUCUGACACACGUGACCUGACCACGUGGGACACCGUUCGCUGCUCUGCAACCACACAAAUGACCCACGCGGCAUUUCCCAUCCCUCUGCGUGCUUACCCUGAACCACGCGGCUCGAUAGCCCUAGGAGUUUGACUUGUGUGAGUUAGGCUGCUGUUAGUUUCCCGCCUUUUCCCCAGGUGAUAGUUAGGUAAUCUGCGUGCGAACCUGCUAGCCACGUGGCUCACGUAUUUCGUUGGUAAUUGAAGACUAGGAUGAUUCAGUGUCAUUAGGAUCAUAUCAUAUCUGGUAUUUCGUGCGUGAAGUAGGUCUGUACGCGAUCCGAUAGUUUGCGUCUCCGUCGCGUGCUGCGGAAGGCCAGUAGCUAAUUUUAUAUUUAGCCUGUAGAUCCUUUUAUUCUAUACUGAGCCGGUUUACAGCGAUAAACAUUUUUUUUUUCGAUGGAGAAGGAUAUGCAUGAAGUGUCGAACCUUAUAACGGAUGGCGAGGGCGGCGCGAAGGUGGUGGCGGGGAGGAAAGCCCCGACAGUCAUCGCACAGACGGAGCGUCGCGACAGAAAAGUCGUCGCAGCCGUCAAGGCGUUGGCGUCGCAGCCGUCGCAGAGGGGUUUCGUCGCGGAAGGGAUGUCGGUGACGUGGACACGGCUACAGUACUCCGUGCCUUCAACCAAUUCCAAGUGGUGCUGCCUGCGCGCGGAGGACGACGCCACCAUCUACCGCAAGAAGGUCAUGAUGAACGUCACAGGGGGCGUGGCGCCGGGCAACCUGCUGGCCGUCAUGGGUCCCGAAGGCUCGGGCAAGUCCCUUCUUCUUCACAUGCUGGCGGGACGGCUGCAGGACGACCCCAACUUCCGGGGCAGCAUCGAGUUCAGCGGAAAGCCGUUCGGGGCGACGCUGAGGCGAGAGAUCGGGUUCGUGGAGAACGACGUGGACCUGCAGGCCAAUCUGACGGUGAAGGAGACGCUCAUGUUCGCGGCCAUGCUGCGGCUGCCAGAGGGCACAGAGGAGAUCGACCAGAUAGUUCGUGUGGAGCACGUGCUGGACUCCCUCGAGCUCACACACUGUGCGGACAAGGUGAUAGGGCGCACGGGGCGCAACGCUGUGCUGUACAACGAGCUUAGGCGGCUGGCCAUCGGCGUGCAGAUGAUCGUCAACCCGCCGCUGCUGCUGCUGGACGAGCCGACAUCAGGUCUCGAUGGAGCUAUGGCCCUCCGCAUUACACGAGCCCUGCACUCAUACGCCUUAGCCGGCCGAUCCGUAGUAGCCACCAUGAAGCAGCCAUCCGCCAAGAUGUUCUCCCUCUUCACGCAUCUGCUGCUCAUCACCGACGGUAACCCCAUCUUCUUUGGCGCAGCGGGCGCUGCUCUACCCUACUUUGACUCCAUCGGCUACACCAUGGGAGCUGAUACAAGCGCUGCCGAAUUCUUUCUGGAUCUGACAGCCCCCGAAGCAGCAGAUGCGUCCAUUCACUUCGGCACGUCCACCAACCUCAUCCGCCUCUGGGCCACCGGGGACGCUGCCAGGGAGAUAGAGCGGGCUGCCAUGCCCUCGACAGCUGCCACAGUGUCCCAGGCGUCUGCUAAAAGCGGGGAGGGGGGUGAGGGUCAGGGGAAUGGGGAUGUGGAGGUGGGGGAGGGAGUGGGGGAGGGUACUAGAGUGAGGGAUGUCGAUGCGAGUAUGGACUGGAGGGGAGUGAGUGGGGGGGGGGGAGGGGGAAUCGGAGGUGGCGGACGAGGAGGAGGAGGGAGUGGGAAGAGGUGGGUAACGUCGUGGGGUUUGCAGUUUCGGGUGCUGGCGCAGCGGCACCUGCUGUCGUACCGGGUGGUGAAUCAGGACUGGAUAUUUGUGGCUGUUGUGGCGGUCAGCCUGCUCGUUUGCACCUUAUUGCCAGGCUGCCUGUGGUGCAAGCACGAUCCAACCACAGCCAUGUGCAUUCGCGGCAUGGCGGGGCUCAUCUUCUUCUCACACUUCUUCUGGGGGAUCAUCCCCAUGCUCACCUCCCUCUCUCAUUCCCACCCUUCCAAGUUCCAUCCGCCCUCCAACCGCUUGCCCCAUGUCAUCCCAGGUUGCCUCUGGUACAAGCGCGAUCCAACCACAGCCGAGGGCAUUCGCGAUAUGGCGGGGCUCAUCUUCUUCUCACAGUUCUUCUGGGGGCUCAUCCCCAUGCUCACCUCCGUCAUCACCUUCCUGGAGGACCGCAAGUCAGUCCAAAAAGAGCAAGAGGACGGAGUGUAUCAUAUCUCCGCGUACUACGCCGCCCGGACGCUGCUCAGCCUGCCGUACGAGAUCCUGCCGCCCGUCUUCUACAGCUGCAUCGUCUAUUGGAUGACCGGGCUCAACCCGUCGGGCGGCCGGUUCGUCUUAUUCACUUUAGUGCUUGUACUCGAUACAAUGGUGGCAUCAUCUAUAGGCAUGGCGGUGGGGACUGCGACGUCUACAGUGAAACAGGCGAUUUCGAUUGCGGCUAUUCUGCAGCUGCUGUCGGUUAUGGUGGUGCAUUUCUUAUCUCUCAAUCCCCCGGCGUGGGUGGGGUGGACGCAGUACCUCUCUUUCUCAACCUAUGUUAACAAGUUGCUAAUGCGGAUCAACUUUGAUUCUGCCGAAUCGUUCACUGGCAACUGUAGCGCUUCCAACACGAGCAGCAGCACCGCAGCCAACACGUGCUCGUGUGCCGCUACUCUUGAGCUAUCGGGCCUGAGGAAUCCGUUACCGGGGAGUGGGUGGCUGGAAGCGUGCAUCCUCGUUGCCAUGCUCAUCUUCUUCCGCUUGCUUGCUCUGCUUAUAGUGAAGCUCCGGUUGCAGUCGUGGCGGUGGCAUCGCAAUGGCCGCACUUGAGGAUAGGAGGAUAUGUAGUUGCAUGUCUAUGGUAUAAAGGCUAUGCAACCAAUCUAUACAAUCCACCGGUGUUCCUCUAAACAGCCAAGGCUUUGGGGCUUAUUAUAAAAUGCAGCUAUUAUU